AUGCUACAUGAUGCCUUCAGAGAUGUAGAAAAAGAACCCGAUUCAUUGAAGUCACUUCUUGAAGAAUGUGAGAAGCCACUUUACGUAGGGUCAAAGUAUAAUGCACUUAGUGGAUUAUUGAAAUUCCAACAUAUCAAGGGUCAAUUUGGGUGGCCUGAGGCUAGCUUUGAAGUAUUGUUAGGUGCCCUAAAAGAUGUCUUACUAUUAAACAAUAGAAUACCUAACUCCCUAUAUGAUGCCAAGAAAUUGCUAAAAGGAGUAGGUCUACAAUAUGAAAAAAUUAAUGCAUGUGAAAACAAUUGUGUUCUAUUCUGGAAAGAACAUAAGGAUGCUUCUCAAUGUCCAACUUGUGGCACAUCUCGUUGGAAGAAGAAUACCAAAAACGUACCUUUGAAAGUUUUGUGGUAUUUUUAUCCCAUCCCCAGAUUUAGGAGAAUGUUUUCGUCACCAGAAAUGGCACAAAACUUAACUUGGCAUGCACAAGGUCGGGCUAAUAACGGUAUGCUAAGUCAUCCUCGCGAUUCCCCCUCUUGGAAGCUUGUUGAUAGAACAUGGAAAAAAUUCGGAGAAGAAAAAUGGAAUCUUAGAUUAGCCUUGUCCGCUGAUGGUAUCAAUCCUCACAAGUCAUUAAGUUCCAAGUAUAGUUGUUGGUCGGUUAUCUUAAUAACUUAUAAUCUACCCUCUUAUUUGUGCAUGAAAAGAAAAUUCAUGAUGUUGACUCUAUUGAUAUCAGUUCCAAAACAACCUGGUAACAAUAUUGAUGCCUACUUGGCACCAUUGAUAGCAGAUCUAAAACUCUUGUGGGAAACUGGCGUGAAGACAUAUGAUGCUUAUAAGAAAGAAUACUUCAAUCUAAGAGCAAUAUUACUUUGGACUAUAAAUGACUUUCCUGCAUAUGGUAAUCUUUCGGGGUGUGUUAAUCUUUCGGGGUGUGUUACCAAAGGUUAUUAUGCGUGUCCAAUAUGUUCAGAGAAUACUUGUUCACAGUGGUUGCCAAAUUCGAAAAAAGUAUGCUUUCUUGGUCAUAGAAGAUUCCUGCCACUUCAACAUCCUCUUCGUAAAAGAAAAAAAGAUUUCAACAAUCAACAAGAGGGUGGUGUUAUAAAACAACCAUUAUCAGGUGAAGAGAUUUACGACUAUCUGACGGGGUUUGAGACUUCAUAG